GCAUCUGCUUUGGACCCGAGGCUCCCAAACCCGAACCUCUGUUUUGCUCAUUGAGCCCUUUCCAUCACUUUAUCUCUCUCUCUCUCUCUCUCUGGUUUCGUUAAUUCUUGGAUUCAGAAAACCCUAAGUUAUUCUUAGAAACUGUGGUCGGAGAAGUCACCUUCCCGUUGUUGUUUUACGGCUAAACUUGACGCAAGUGUGAAAAUCUUGAGUAAUCGGAGCUUAUUAGUUGGAGGUAGCUCAUGAAUUCUCGGGGAAUAAAGAUCUUUAAAAUAAUCUAUCGGAGCUGAAUCUAUGCCUGGAAACGAAUUUGGAGAGAGGAUCCACAAUUUCUUUGGACAGGAGGGCUUAUCCCAAGACCAGCCUCAGGUUGCUGAUGGAAGCUGGUCCGGAUUUAAUAAUGGUCUAGUCAGCAAUCAGAGGCAGAUAGAUCAAUCCCUUAUUGCCAAUCUCAAGAGUUAUAGCACACAACAAUCUGUUGAUCCUGAGAGAGGGCAACCUUCAAAUUCACAGCAUGGUUUGUAUUUCAAUCAGCAGCCUACGAGGUCUGAGUAUUCCAGAAGUGUAUUGCAAGAACACCAGCAACCCUCAAAUGGUUACAUGCAUGGGAACCUUGUGUUGCAGGCAUCGCCAAAUGAGGCAAAUUUUUCGGGAGUGGAUGUAGAAUCUAGUAGGGAUAAGUUAUCAGGGAGAGUAUUCACUCCAGACAUUCAUAAAAUUCCUAUGAGGUUUGAUAUGGGAGAAUCUCCGGUUAACUAUGAUUUUCUUGGUGGUCAAGAACAAUCAAACACUCAGCUCCCUGCCAUGCUCCAGCCUUUUCCAAGGCAGCAGAUGACGUUCAAUGAUAUGCAACUACUAAAGCAGCAAGUUAUGUUUAAGCAAAUGCAUGAAUAUCAAAUGCAACAACAACUUCAAAAGCACCAGCUAGAGGCCAGGCAGCUCAAUUCUUUGAAUUCAAAUGCAGUCAAUGGAAGUCGCUCAAGUGAUAACCAGUCCCAUCCUUUUAUUGGUGGUGUCCCUCUUCAGGAUGCGUCUAAUAAUUGGUUGCAGCCAGAUCUUAUGACAGGAAAUACAAACUGGAUGCAUCGCGGUAUCUCGCCAGUUGUUCAAGGUUCAUCCAAUGGGCUUAUGAUUACCCCUGAGCACGGGCAGCCAAACUUAAUGGUACAACAGUUUGAACCUUCCUUGUACGGUAUGCCUGUUGGUGGGACAAAUGCACCUCAAAAUGCCUUUUCUUCAGUUCAGAUGAACAAGUUAGCUGCACAGCAUGGUUCUGCAAACAUGAAUUCCUCUCUCACUAAUCAGCCAAUGUCAUUUCUGAAUCAAGGUGACGUACAGGCCAAUCAUCUGGUCCCUGGAUCCACAUACCAGGAGAAUCUGUUCUCCCAUAUAUCAGUUCCAGGUUCAAAUAAUAGGCCUAAUUUUGAAAGUUUCCAGAACAUGUCAGGGCAGGAUAAAUUUGGUCAGAUGGAGGGUUCUGGUCUAUCAGAAAAUUCAUUUGUGAAAGUAUCUGAAAAUAUCAAUACAUUGCAGAAGUCGUCGACAUUAGAUCCAACAGAGGAAAAGAUUUUGUUUGGUUCGGAUGACAAUUUGUGGGAGGCAUUUGGAAACAGCACUGAUAUGAGCUUGACAGGAAAUCUUAUCUCCAGUAGUUCUGACAUUUUUGAUCCAUGCUCCUCUUUGCAAAGUGGGAGUUGGAGUGCUCUUAUGCAAUCUGCUGUAGCAGAAACAUCCAGCAAUGAUGCAGGCGUACAUGAAUGGGGUAGUAAACAGCAAUCUGUGUGGGCUAACAGCAAUACUACCCCACAUGCAGAUACUCAUAUUGGUAAUCGAGCCCAAGAUUCUGGUGUCAAGGCUUCAAAUGCACUCAGUGAUAGAGUCCACAGUAAUUCAACUGGAUCAACUGUUCAACAUUUGGAAGACAAGGGAAAUAUAGUUUCAGAUGAUGGCCUGUUGGAGAAGCCAAUGACUCAACACAGUCAAAUGGCUGGAAAUAUGUUUCAUUCUUUAAGUUCAGGCAUUAAUGUGCAGAAUAAUUUGUCUUCUAGUGGAAAGAAUGAGGACAUUGAUGACAGACCUGGUAACUGGAACGCUGCUUCUAAUCCAAGCUCAGCUGCUCUGGUGGAACAGAAGAAUCAUUUUACACAAAUGCAAAGGGAAAACUAUGGUGCAGGAAAUGAUUCUAGUGCUUUGAGGGACGUCCAGGGAAAUAUCCAACAGCAUCCCUGUAAUAACUCUGUAGAAAAAGCUAUUCAUCAACUGAAAUCUGGAGACAGCAGUCAGAUUCUUGAGUCAUAUGCGAGUAAUAAUGCUGGUAAAGUCAUGGCUGAAUCAAAUGAAAUGGGGAACUCUGGAAAAGAAAACUCAAGUGACAGUUUUCGGUCGAAGUUCUCACCAGAGUCUCUUACUCAAGCAAAUGCCCAUAAUUUGCAUGUGUUGCCUGGCGGGAGAGAAACACAAUCACCUUCAAGAUCUGUUGGUUUAGUUAUGGAUGGAUUGAAUCACAAUGAAUCAGCGAACUACAUGCUUCAUUUUGGCCAAACUGUCUCUCAGAGUUUCUCCAACAAGAAUCCUGCAGCCUCGGCUGGAGCAGAUCAUCAACAAAUCAGUCCUCAAAUAGCUCCAUCGAGGUAUAGUCAAUAUGAGGCUUUCAAGAAAGGACAGGUGCAACAUGUCAAUGAUACAGGGAGAUUCACACUAUUGAAGAAUUCGGUUGAUGGUUUACAUUCUGCUCAACCGUUCAAGCAACUAGAUACUACGGAUCCUGGUUACGUUGUUCAUAUGCAGCAAAUGUCCUCCACACCAGGAGCAGAGACUUUCUUAUCUACCUCAUUGCCUAAUGGUGCUACUGACCAACUUCUGAAGGAUGAUAAACCAAGGAAGCGCAAAGCGGCCACAUCAGGACUUCUAUCGUGGAAUAAAGAAAUUAUGCAUGGUCCCCAGAGGCUUAAGACUCUCGGUGAGGCCGAGGUUGAUUGGGCAAGAGCAACCAAUCGAUUUACUGAAAAAGUGGAAUUUGUGACUUUACUUGAGGAUGGCCCACCAAUUAGAUCAAAAAGAAGGCUUAUAUACACAACACAGCUCAUGCAGCAACUGUUUCGCCCCUUUCCUGAUAGGGUGAUAUCUUUAGUUGCUAGCUCAAAUUAUGAGUUUGUUGCAUAUACUGCUGCUAGAGUUGCACUGGGAGAUGCAUGUAGUUCAACUUCUACCGACAGGAGUGGGGGCUUUUCGCCCCCGAACAAUUCAAACCCGUUGUCUGAGAGAACAAAAACUGAAAAAAUCAGUGACCAGUACAUCUCCAAAGCAGCUGAAGAUUUCAUUAGUAGAACACGGAAACUCGAGACUGACUUUGCAGGACUAGAAAAUGGAACUACAUUAACAGACUUGAGGAUCGAAGUCCAGGAUCUAGAGCGGUUUGCAGUGAUCAACCGCUUUGCAAGUUUCCACCAAUCAUCCCCAUCUAUGGACCGGACCGUGAGUCCAGUUAGGUUAAACCCACAAAGAUAUGUUACCAUAGCUCCAAUGCCUCAGCACAUUCCAGACAGGGUACAAUGUCUCUCUUUCUAACUAUUAAUAGAUCCAUAUAAUUCACCUUUUGGCCAGUCCUCCCCAAAAUGUUUCAUUUUAUGGGUGGGGACGAGUUAGUUGGUCGGACUCCUGAGAACAGUGAAGGCCUUCAUCAUCGGGAGGCCGGAGAUUUCGUAGUAGAAUGUAGCAUUACUGUAUGCAUCAUCAUGAAUAUUGUAACUUGUAAGUCAUCAGUUUGUAUACUUAGUAAAGAAAGAUUGCCCAUAACAGAAACCCCACGAGGUAACACCGCCAGUGCUAUAAUUUUGUUUUCACACAGCUUAG